AUGCCCAGUGAGAAAAAGUCUUCCUCAUCGAAAGAGAAGAAGGAACCAUCAUCAUCCAAAAAGAAAUCUUCAUCAUCGUCCUCAUCUAAAAAGAAGGCGGAAUCUUCUUCAAAGGAAAAAGCUUCGGAAAAAUCAUCCAAGUCAAAAUCUAACAAAUCAAACAAAUCAACAGCAACAGAUGUUGCAACAACAGCCGCAUCAUUGGGAGUUGAUAUUAAUUCCUUGAAAGAUGAAGAUGAUGAUUUUGAAGAAAAACAAUUUAUUCUUAGAGUACCGGAGGAUAUUGCUGAAAAGAUUAGGCAAAGAUUGAGAAAGGAGUCAAAAGACAGCAAAUCUUCCGAUAAAAAUCAUAGGAUUGAUCUUAACAUGAGCAUUAAAUUCGGAGAUGAUGUUGAUAUUCUACAAUUUCUCCAGAGUGCCCGUAUGACUGAGGAAGAUAAGAAAAUACAUAAACGGGAUAAUGAUGAGAACGGAUACUUGAGCGAUAUUGAGUACGGAAUCGAUAAGAACAGGAGAGGAAGGUUUCAAUUUGAAAAGCAAAUUUUACCUUGUACGCUCGUUGAUCUUCCAACACAUAUAGAAGCAUACAAAUCGGUAGAUUGUCAAACAUAUUACAAAUGUGGAGAUGUUAGUCAAAUGAUCGUUGUACAAAAACCUCAGGAUUUAGAAUCGGAAUUCCAAAAAUUCAGACAGAAAAGAACCAGGUUUUACAUGCAAAAAUCUCACCAUCAUCAUGACCCAAAGAAGAGAAAAGCUAAGGACUUAAUGACAAGUUAUUUAAUGGAAGAUGGUAUUUCUCCAUCUCUUGCACGUGUACUUCGUCAUUGGAACGCUCAAAAAAUAGACAUAACCAGAAAAGAUAUCAAAAAACUGAAAGAAAAGUAUAUUCAAAUGUUGGAAGAAGAGGAUCCAACAAAAGUGAAAAUUGAAUUUAUUGAAUACGCUUCUGAGCAAGAGCGAUUGGCUGCUAUGGAAGAAGAAAUGAGCACAUCAUCCUCUGAUUCUGAAGCUAGCGAUUCAGAGGAAGAAUCGGACGAGUCAGAUAUGUUCGAUGAAGUGAGUGCUAAUAAGAAACCAGAUGAUGCUAUUUCAACAGUCUCUACAGGAGAUCAAUCUAAACUAAGCUCAGCACCUUCACAACCAAUCAUGAAUGACGAUAGUAUGAGUGUGACGAGUGCUCCUUCGUCCAUGUCCACACCAAUCAGUCAGGCUGUCACAACUCCAAAUCAACCAUUCGUAUUCAGUGCUCCACCUACUUUACCAAAGCCCGUUUCCACUAGCGACAUGAUGCAAGACGAAACACCCUCUGAAGGAGAGGAGUCACAUGUGUCGAACAGCACAUCAAUGAGCAAACAAUCAUUAGGUCCAAUAGAAGCAAAACCUGUCCAGCCAAUUCAAGCAAACAAGCCUCCUGUGGAAGAGGACGAAACAAGUUCAGACUCUGAAUCUGAGUCGGAAGACGAUGAAAAUAUGUUUGAGGAAGUAUCAGCAACAGUCCCUCAACAAAUUGAUGUUACCCAAACGCCGCAAUACCAAAGUCUUUUACAACUUAAAAAUAGUGCUGAAAAAGAUAUUCAAACAAUCCAAAACCAAGUCUCUGUCGCUACAGAAAAUUUAGAAAAAUCCAAGAAUGAAAUUCAAAGAGGAAGAGCGCAAGCUAUGCUCACAAAUUUGGAAGGCAAGCUCAAUGCAAGGCGACAAGAACUUUUGGACGUGGAAAGACAGUUAACUUCACUAAUGUCACAACCUUCAUCGUCAUCCUCAAGUACUCCACCUUUCUAA